AUGGCAGAAGUUGAAACAAAAAGACCAUCUAGUAGUCAUUUGAAAAAUAUUCUACAUAAAUUAGGUGGACAACCAGAUUCUUAUUCAAGAAAAGAAAAUUAUACUUUUGGUAAAACUUUAGGGGCUGGAUCAUUUGGUAUAGUAAGGUAUGCAAGAGAUAAUAAUACGAAUGAAGAAGUUGCAGUUAAAAUAAUAUUAAAAAAAGCUUUAAAAGGAAAUGAAUCAAUGAUACUUGAUGAAAUGAAAUUACUUGAAACUUUACAUAAUCCACAUAUUGUUGGUUUUAGGGAUUGGUUUGAAAGUAAAGAUAAAUUUUAUUUAGUUACUCAAUUAGCUACUGGUGGAGAAUUGUUUGAUAGAAUAGUUCAACAAGGUAAAUUUACUGAACAUGACGCUUCUUUGGUAAUUAUACAAAUUUUAGAAGCAUUGAAAUAUUUACAUGACAAAGAUAUUGUACAUAGAGAUAUUAAACCUGAAAAUAUCUUAUAUUUAAACGAAGAUAAAGAAUCACCAGUUGUACUUGCUGACUUUGGUAUUGCUAAAAGAUUACAAAAUCCUCAAGAGAAAUUAACAUCAUCUGCUGGUUCAUUUGGUUAUGCUGCUCCUGAGGUUAUAUUAGGUACUGGACAUGGUAAACCUUGUGAUAUUUGGUCAUUGGGAGUUGUUACAUAUACUUUAUUAUGUGGUUAUUCUCCAUUUAGAUCUGAAAAUGUUCAAGAUUUUAUAAAUGAAGUCAAACAUAAUAAUGCAGUUAUAUUCCAUGCUGAUUAUUGGAAAGACGUUUCAAAAGAUGCAAGAAGGUUUAUUAUAAAAGCUUUACAAUUUAAUCCUGAAAAUAGGCCAACUGCAGAUCAAUUAUUAAAUGAUCCAUGGUUAGUUUCAAUUGCUCAAAAAUAUAAAGAAUGUGAUUUAUUACCAAAUUUGAAAGAAGGAUUCGAUGCAAAAGCAAAAUUUAAACAAGCUAUUGAAGUAGUUAAAUUGAAUAAUAGAAUCAAGAAUUUGAAAUCAUUACAAACUGAGGAAGAUGAUGAUCCUAAUGAAAUUAAUUUAUUUAAUGAACGUGGAUCUAUAAAUCAUGAUAUACCAUCGAAAACAGCAACUAAGGAUUCUCAACAACAACCAUUGGAAAAUUGGGAUAAGUUUUCAAAUUCAUUAAAUAAUUUUGAAUCAAGAGAUGGUUCAAAAGCAAGUUUAGCGUUUGUACAAUUAGUUAAAGCUGCAACAAAGAACAAAGAAAGAGUUGAAAAAUUUAACGAAGAAGAUGAAGAGAAGUAG